CCAGCUAUGGGCUGUGUAUCAAAGAGGAAUAUCAUCUUGAUUGCACUGUUCAUCACAGUUUGUAAAGUGGUUUUGUUGUAUAAAGCUUUGGUUUAUCUGGAGAACUCGAAUUAUAAAGGUGAUGAAGUUUCUGUGCAAUCAUCAAGAGAUUCUAUUGGAUUCGGAGAAUUCCGGAAUGGUAAAUUCAUCAUAACAGAGAUAAAUUCGGUUGCAUCUUUAGAUCAUGUUGAAAAAAGCAGAAAGAUUGUCACAGAUCACGUGAUUUAUUUUAGAAAUGAAAUGUACAACAGCCGAAAUUUUACAAGGGAAAAAAGAAUGUUACGACAGAGUACUUUGAAUUUUUCACCAAAAAUAAUUAAAACAUCUACAAUCGAAAAACUUUUACCAAAUAUUGAUGAUCCUGUCAAUGAUAGGAUUUUUGAGCAGAUGAGUCAUAUUCCCAUUCAAUAUUCAAACAGAAGUGCCUUUAAAACAAUCUACAUGUUUGGGGGUAAAAGGGGAUGGGGUCAUCCCGAGGGUCAAAGUUCAUUUCUAAUGGAAGAGUGUUUAGUAAAUCGAUGUCACUUUACGUAUGACAAGAAAAUGGCGAGUUCGGCUGAUGCCGUAGUGUUCGGAAAUCCGAAUCAAAUUCGUACUCGUCCCCCUUUUCGUAAGGCCUCCCCAAAUCAGAUAUGGAUUGUGUCUGCCAUAGAGUCUCCUCCAAAUACAGGACGCCUUCAGAACUAUCAUGGACUUGUCAAUUGGACCAUGACAUAUCGAACGGAUUCCGUCAUCGUUACUCCUUAUUUCAAAUAUAAAGUUUUUCCAGAAAAAGUUUCUUUGACAAGAAAAAAUUACGCUGAAGGUAAACAGAAGAAGGUAGUGUGGUUUGUCAGUAAUUGUAAUAGAGAGAGUAGCGGCCGAAUGAAGUACGCCAGGGAAGUACAGAAGUAUAUAUCUGUAGACAUAUAUGGUCGUUGUGGUGAGUUGAAGUGUCCUAAAAGUAAACCAUGGUGUACAACAAUGGUGAAGACGGAUUAUAAAUUCUACUUGGCAUUUGAAAAUACGAAAUGCAAAGACUACAUGACUGAGAAAAUUAUGACUGCUUAUACAAAUGACGUCAUUCCCGUAGUUCUCGGUGCUGCUCCCUCGGAAUACAAAAGUGCACUGCCAGCUCAUUCCUACAUUGAUGUGGAGGACUUUGAAACACCUAAAGAUUUAGCUGAAUAUCUUCUAAAACUUGAUAAAAAUGAUGACUUGUACAAUGAGUAUUUUCGAUGGAAAUCUUAUGGUGAUUUCGUGGCAUCCAAACCCUGGUGUCGUGUGUGUUCUUUGUUACACGAACAAGCACUUCCCUCUAUUUGGUACGAUGAUAUAGACGCAUGGUGGCGCUCGGAUGGUUCAUGUGUAAAUAAGAAUAUAUCAUGGUGGAGCAAUGUACUUGACAAAUAGACAUUUUUUUUAUUUAUUCGUUUUUUAUAUGUAAUCUGAGAUUUGAUGUCAGUGUCUAUUUUUUAAUUAAGAAGUGCCAAAGAU